GAAAAAAAAAAAAAAAAAGCGCGCCAUUGUCAUUGUCCACCACUUCACCUUGUUCUUAAAUCCUGAAAAUUCAAAAUACUCCCACAUUCAUCAUCUCUACUACAAACGGUUUCAUUCCACUCCUCCAUUACACCAAAGCAAAAGCAAUCUGCAGAAAAUGCGAACUCGAUUUCUCACUCCAGACUACUUCACCUCCGAUCAAACCCUAAAAUUCCUUCGUCUUCCUCUCUCUCCUCUACCUUUUCCUCCCAAAUUCCUCUCAUCUUCCGAUGAAUUUCUUCGUUGCUGCUCCAGUUCUUCCGCCAUUUCCGUCUCUCACCAGCUCCAAAACCUUCCGAUCGACGGUGCUCUCUCAAAAUUCUACUCCGAUGUUCUUCCUCACACCAUCGACGCUUGUAAUGGUGAUUUUUCGUUCAAUUCCGGUAGUAGUUAUGGCGUUGUUCAAACUCCGGAGGUAAUAUAUGAAUUUCUAUCCAUUUUUUCACUUUUUCUCGUCAAUUUUGUGUUCGCUUGUUUUUUUUUUGAAAUAUUACAGUUGAAUUUUAGGGUUUCAAUGUGUUAUGUCGAGUUUUGUUUAUCUCGAACUGUUUCUGGAAAAGAAGCUGGCUUAUAUUAUGAAGAAAUGGAAGCUCACAGAUGUUCAGCUUCUGAUUCCGUAACACUAGAGAAUCAAUAUGCGAAGGACACUGUUGGUGAAAAGAAUUAUAAUAAGGCUGAGAUUAUUCAGUUUGAAGCACCAGAACUUACUCAAUUUAUGGAGGAUGUUUGCAUGUCCGAGAAAGAAGUUCAGUUAUUGUCUGAAGUGCAAGAUUGUGAUGUUGAUUUGGGAUUGCUAAAUCUUGUGCCCACAGAUCCAUUUGGUUUUGAUGUUAAAGAUCCCAUGAAGUCAGUAGAUUCUGUUUGUCUGGAAUAUGAUAUGACUCCAAAGCUUCAGGUACCAGAUGACGUUGGCAUUUUACCAGACAAUAUCGAUCGCUGUGGCACCUCCUUACCCUUGCUUGAAGUAGAAGAGAUUGGACCUGUCGAUAUUUCAAACUUUUGCUUGGAAUCUCUCUUUGCAACCAUUGAAGAACAGCAUUCUGCUUGUAGUAUUGACCUUGAACAUAGUUGCCAAGAACUGUUUGUCUCAGUGGAAAUUGACAUUUUGGAGCAUAUUUCUGAUAAUCACUCAUCAAAGCCCCCCCUUGAAAUUUGUUUUACAAGCCUGAGUCUAGAUAUUGAUCUUCUACAAGUUGUCGAAACUCCUUACAGAGAGGAAGACACUGGGUCGAUGGAUGGGCCUAUUGCUUUUGUCGAUACAUUUUUAUUUGAAGAAUUUAAGAUGCUUGAUUCAGAUUCCUUAGAAAUUUUUGAGGUGAAUGCUGUAUGUCAAACAACUGAAGCAGCUAAAUUGUGCAAUAUGUUCCCAGAAGACUUGCCCUUCAGAAGUUUUGAUGAACUAAUUGUCAAUGGUGAACUAGCAAUUAUUGAUGGCACUUUCACAUCACUCUCUGUCCCAGAUCUGGUUGAUGAUGAAAAUAUUUGGUCAUUACAUGUUAUUUUUGAUAAAUUGCUCGCAGAAUUGGAACCAGUGCCCCUCUCCACAUCAGAUGAAAUUUAUUUGGAUUGGCACCUUCUUGGAAGGGACGAAUGCAAUGGAGAUGUAAAUGCUGCUAUUGAGAAGCUGUUCAGUGACAUUGAUGAUUAUACAAUGGAUUUAUGUUUGAAAUCUGAUGAUGGUAACAUGGUAGUGCUUGAUUUCGUUUUAUCAAAUGGUCCUUCAGAUGGAUUGAAUAUUAGGGAGAACAAGGUAAUAAUGCCAUCUGGAGUGAGCUGCACAGAAAAACAUCUAAUCAAUGAAGUCGUUUCAAGGAAGUCACCAGGUGAAGACUGCCAAAUCAUAGAAAAUAUUGGGAAUCUUACUAAUGCUGAUUUUGAGAAUUUUACAUCCAGCAAGUUGUCUGAUGAUGAUUGUCAAAUCAUAGAAAAUAUUGGAAUUUGUGGUGGUGAUUUGCAUAACGUAGAUUCAUCUGUCGAGUCAAUGCCUCAGUUUAAUGAUCUGGAUUUUUUUUUAAAUCCUACAAGUUCUACUGGUGGUAUGAGAAUUGGUAACAAAGUCAAGCCAUUAGAUGCAAAAUCUCUGCUUUCUGCUAGGGGUCAGAAGAAAGAAACAGCCAGUGCAAGCAGCAUUCAUAUGCAGCAGUUUGAUGCCUGUGAAGGUGUCAUUGCCACUUCAAGUGACAGAGAUACAGCUAAGUUGGAAGCGCUACUGAACUAUGGGCCUGUCCAGGAAAAAUGCAAUAAAGUAUCUUCCGGGGCUUUAAAUGGUACAAAUACGUCCAAAUUCCCUAUACCUGUUUGUAGCACAGCUCAGGAAUCUGAACCAGCUCAUCUCUGUGAAUCUUCCCACGAAAUGCCUAUCAUUAUUAACACUCAAGAUUUUGAUAAAGAUAUGAUAAUCUCUCGGAGAAGCACAUAUCAGAAGAUCUUAACUAUGGAGAAGAAAGGUGUACAAGUUGUAGAGAGGGAUCUUAUUCUACCUGUUGAUAUAAUAAUUAAUUCUACAGCGUGCAUAGUGUGGUAUGACUACAAGAAUAUUGGAAAGAAAACCACUGCUCAAGAUGAGGGUGCUUCAUGCGUUCCUCUCUGCAUUGAGAAUAUAGCUGCAAAUGUUCUGACAUCUCUGAGUUUUGCAUUCACUAACUGUGUUUUGAUUUUCGAGGGAGAUUGCAAUUUCCUUGGCCCUGUAAUGGAGUCCGCAGAUGAAUUGUAUGCAGCGGCAGCCAGUCUUGGCACAUAUUUGCAGAUUUUCUAUUCAUCAUCAUUUGAGCUGACAGAUGAAACUAUAUUGAAUUAUAUCAGACAUUCCCGGAAUAUAUAUAAAGGGUUACUUUCUAGACUUCCGGAUUCAGAGACACUUGCUGAAUCAUUUUUCACCAAGUUCCCUUCUAUCAAUCCACUCUCAGCACAUGCAAUUAUUUCUAGUGGAUGCAUUCUCUUGGAGUUCCUUGAGUUGACAGUUGAAGGGAGGAUCCAAAUACUCAGAAAAAAUCAUGUGCCAGAGGAAAGUGUCUAUCUUUUUAGUUUCUUGUGCAAAUUCGGGGAGCGGGAGGAAUCCAAAUCUGGACUAACUGACUGUUCAUCCUCUGUAUCAUCUCCUCCUGAUUCAGGAAAAUUUGUCUGCAACAUCAACUCGGAUGACAGAAAAAGGAAAUUUAAUGCAAGCUCUUGUGAUGCUAUGUAUGACUUCAGAUGUUCUAUGCCAUCUAAACACUAUGCAGGUGAUGAAAUGACUGAUCAGGAUUUGUUAAGGCCAUCUGAUCCAAAGGUGUCACAAAGUCCCAGAAUAUGUCUGCAGAAGAAAAUGCCCAAUUUCUUGUUGGAUAGUGAACUGUUUCAUGAAGGAGAAGCACCUGAUGCUGCCACAAACAUGGAUCCUUCUAAAGCAUGGUGUGAAACAUAUAUCACCGAGGAACCAAAAAUUCACCGUAAGGAUGAUGGUUUUGCUCGAUAUAGCUUAAUUGUAAAUGAAGGAUUCUCCAGUCAACAGAAAUCAAGUAGGAUAAAAAGCAAACGAGAACAGAGUGCAAGGGACAUACUUCAGGAUUUGCAUGAAGAUUUUGUUGGUGAAGUUGUUAACAUUUAUGACAAAUCUUUAUUUGGUGGGGACUUUCAAAUAGAUGAGAAAACUGUAAAGUCCUCUCCAAUGGCCUCUGAGAUUGUAAAAGACCAUGCUCCUAGAUAUAAUAGGACAGCUCGAAGAUUAUCAUUUGGUAACAGUCCUGACCGGAAUGUAUCAGUAGCUGAUGUGAUGGAUACUAGGUGUAUCUUAGAAGAUAGUAGACAGUUGAGGAACAUUAAUAGUUUUAAUGGUGUAGAAUAUAACUGGAGCAAUGACUUAUGCAAAGCUUCACAGAAGCAGCAGGAGACAGCUAGAAUUAUACAGGAAAAAUCUAUGCAAAAUUUUAGUGGCCAACUCUCAGAGGGGAAAACUGUACCUCCCUAUGGUGAAACACCACUCUCGAAAGCUAUUCAUUCAGGAAAAUUGCAACAAGGGUCACCUUGGACAAUAGAGUUUCUCAACCGUGUUAAGGAAAAGAGAAAAUUACGUCAACAGUAUCAGCCAAAUGCUUCUGUUCCACGCACUAACUAUCAUGGGGAUAUUACUAAAUCCACCAAGAGAAGAAGCCCGUCCAUUCUUGAGUAUUACAAAUAUCAAGGUGACAGCAUGCCUAGGAAGAUGGCAGAGCAGAAAAUGCAAAAGCAACAUGCUCAGCUGCGCAAUGAGAGGUCUCAAGGAUUUCGUCCAAUUUGUACACCAAUUGACAAGAAAGCUAGACGGGUUGGUUCUCAUAAUCAUGGCUUUGUUUUAAUAUGUGUUUAAUUUUAAUCUUCUCAACAUAUAAAUUUAUGAACUGCAGAGUUUAUCUUUUGCAACAAGUGGAACUGGGAGCCAAACUAAGCUUGUUUGGAGUGACAAUCUCUCUUUCAGUCAGGACAGCAGGUUUUCAAGCUGAGUAUAAUAUAGCUGGAGAGUUGCUGAUUAUGGCAAUGAUUUUAGGUAACAACAUUUUAUAAUCAUAAGCAAAAAAUCACAGGUUGGUUUUAAUUUUUUUUUCUUUUUUUAUUAAAUUAGAGUUACAGAAAGUAAUCAUUGAGCAGAUUAGUUAUUGUAUGUGGAUAGCUCUAUCUUAAACUUGUACUAACCACCAUUGAUUGCAAGAAUUCUUCGUGCAUGUCAGGAUAUAUGUUAUACUUUGUGUUUUCAUUUGUAAGUUGUUAUAUCCCAUAUUAUCUGCUUACAAUGGUUCAGGUUUUCAACACUGCAGCUGAAUGUUUGACAAAGAGACAAUUUAUUGUCAGUCAAUCAGUUUUUGAAUUAUCUACUUUAGAUAGGUAGAAUAGGAGUCUUGGUGGCAUACAUAUAUGUUAUUUUUGUGUUACUAACAACAUCCAUGCAGUGUUACCUUAAUUUAUGUUUACAACGACAUGCAUUGAUGCCUUUUACAAUUGAAUUUGUGCCUGACUUUAAUUCUCGGAAACCAUUAGGCAACAUGUUUUUUUUUUUUUUUUGGUUUCAGGUGUACUUAUAGAAGAAAUUCUGAUGUUAUGUACAGUAGUUACAAGCACAGAUUAACUACCAUUAAAUAAUGGUGAAAGUUCAGUAGCACCUUUAAAAAUCUGCUCUAGCUUUUUUCUAAAUAACAUUUCUCAUAUCAACUCUAAAUCUUAUGCUUGCAAAAUAUUUGAUAAUCUUUGAA